AUGUUAGAUAAGCAAAAAUUGGACUUUAAUACAGCUUUUUAUGAGAGGAUCGAUAAUGAAUUAAAUAUAAAAGAGAGGGAAUUAAGUGCCAAAAUCAAUGACUCGAGUUCUGAUGCAAAUGACGACGAAAAUGAAGAUUUGGACAAAUGUUGUGAAAUGGAAAGACCCAGAAAAAUACGGAGAAGCAGAACAACAUUUACUACCUUUCAAUUGCAUCAAUUAGAAAGAGCUUUCGAAAAGACACAAUAUCCAGAUGUCUUUACACGAGAAGAAUUGGCUUUAAGACUUGAUUUGAGUGAAGCUCGAGUUCAGGUUUGGUUUCAAAACAGACGGGCUAAGUGGAGAAAACAAGAAAAAUUUGAGGGACAACAAGCACUCAGAAGUUUGAAUGAUUAUCUCUCACCAAAUAUUGGUGACAAUAGUACUAUCAGUGCAUCAGUUUUGUCUCAUUCUUCACACUCUCCGAUCAGUUCGCCAAACAAUUUGCCAAAAAAGUCAAUCAUUUCAUCGGACAGUAGUAUAUCUCACAACCCAUUGCUGCCAAAUAUGCAUUUUAAAGCUUUUUCAUCACUACCUCUGGAUUCAUGGUUAGCAGCGGCCGCAUCCCGGUCUCCAUCAGCAUUGCUCAGUACAGCCACACUCUCCAGCUUUUUAAGUCAUCCAUCAAACCUUUAUCCCAAUUAUUUAAUUCAAUCGACACAAACCCCUUCCGAUUCACAAUUGAUAUCUCAAUCGAUGUGCAAUCCAUCCAUAGCUCCCAUUUCAAUGGUUUCAAACCCAUUGAUGAGACCCAAUACAAACCUCAAUUCAACUUCUUUAAGUCCAUCGGCCAGUCCUCUCAAUCUAUCAUCAAAUGAUUCCAAAGGAACCCAAAGUAGAAGUUCGCUCAAUACUAAUAAUAUAAGAAAUUGGAUCAACUGGUGGCCAAUAUAA